UGUCAUCAAAUUCUGUAUAAAUAUGAACAUCAUUUGGUAGAUUAUUUCAAAACGUUUGACAAUGCGCAUCACCCUGUUGUUGUUGGCCCUGGGCUUGGCUGUCGUCGCGGCUGUCCCCAGGAAUCCUCAGAGGAUUGUUGGUGGAUCGACAACUAAUAUUUCACGGUAUCCAUUCGGUGCUGCCUUGCUGUACUCAUGGGGUGGUUCAAACUUCAGGCAAGCUUGCGGUGGUACCAUCUUGAAUAACAGAUCAAUUUUGACCGCUGGACACUGCGUUUGGCGCGACUCUGCGAACCAAUGGCGCAUCCGUGUCGGAUCCACUAACGCCAACAGCGGCGGUGUUGUUCACAACAUUAACAGAAUCAUCAUGCAUCCCAAUUACAACUCCCGCAAUCUGGACAACGAUAUUGCUAUCCUGCGAUCCUCUUCCAACUUUGCAUUCAACAAUAACGUACGUGCUGGAAGUAUUGCAGGCUCCAACUACAAUCUUGCUGACAAUCAAGCCGUUUGGGCUAUCGGAUGGGGCGCUAUUGCUUUCAAGGGACAAAGCUCUGAGCAGCUGCGCCAUGUCCAAAUCUGGACCGUCAACCAGAACGUAUGCAGACAACGUUACGCUACCAGGGGAUCAACUGUCACCGACAACAUGUUGUGCUCUGGAUGGCUCGAUGUCGGCGGUCGCGACCAGUGCCAAGGUGACUCUGGCGGCCCUCUCAUCCACAACAACGUUGUCGUCGGUGUAUGCUCCUGGGGACACGAAUGCGCUCUUGCCUAUUUCCCUGGUGUUAAUGCUCGUGUGUCGCGCUACACAUCUUGGAUCCAGUCUAAUGCCUAAUUUUCUUAAUAUAUUGAUUUGAAACACA